AUGGGACUGUUUUCACGACUAAAGAAAGUGUUUAAAGUGGAGCGAGCACACGAAUCCCAACCCUGUGUGCCUCUCAAAUACACGCCCACCACGGCGCAAAACCAUCCUCAUCGGCUCGAUAAGACGCCUGGUGGUGCUGAUGCGAUAGAUGAAGGGAGAAAGGAGGCAGGGAGAAAAGAGAAAAAGAAGAGGUUUUGGAGAUGUCGCCUUCUUCACUUUUUUCGCCGAAGAGCUGGAACAUACAACGUGGCUAAAGCUGAGAAAGUGAACCUUGAGGCGGGAUCGUUUCUGAGACUUACUGAUGAGCUCCACGAUCUUCAUGAAGCUCCAACCUCUGAAGUCCUCUUUGCUGUACAAGAACAGCUGGAGCAGGACGUCCUCCAACAUCAGGACAUCCACACUCCAGUUAGUUUGACUGAAGAGGACCAGGCGGAAGAGCUGGACAAGGAUCAGACUUCUCUACAGCAAAUUGUAGAGAUUCAUGAUCUUGGAGAAGCUCCAGACUCUGAAGUCCUCCCUGCUCCUGAGGAACAACUGGAGCAGGACGUCCUCCAACCUCAGGAUGCCCACACUCCAGAUAGCUCCACUGGAGAAGAUGAAGCAGAGGAGGCAGACAACAGCCACAUUUUUUGGCAAUAUGAAUUUGGCCACAAGCUGGGUGAAGGAGGCUAUGUGCAUGCAGGAACUCGAUGCAAGGACGGCCUGAAGGUGGCUGUGAAAAUUGCUGACAAGACACCAGAUAUGCCAUAUAUCAGAGUUCCUGGUCAUCCCAAACGGCUCCCCAUAGAGAUCGGCCUGACACUCAUGGCCAAUAAGGGCCCCAGCGUUUCACAGAUAAUUAAACUCCUGGACUGGCAGGACGACCCGGACCACUACGUCAUGGUCUUGGAGCGGGCCAUGCCUAGCAUGAGCAUGUUUAACUUCGUGAAGCUCCGACAAAGGCUUGAUGAGAAGAUGGCACGACAUGUUAUGUGGCAGGUCAUUCAUGCCACUAACAUUUGCUGCGAGCGUGGCGUUUUCCAUCGUGAUAUAAAAUUGGAGAACCUCCUGGUGAACCCGGAUACGUUGGAGGUCAAGUUGAUCGACUUCGGGUGCGGCACGCUCAUGAAGGACUCCGCCUACAUGGCCUUCAAUGGCACAGAAAUGUUCUGUCCACCGGAGUUUGAUGUCGACGGCAGGUACCACGCAAAGCCGGCGACAGUUUGGUCAUUAGGGUUCCUGCUGUUCGUGAUGUUGUACGGGUAUUAUCCAGAUGACAAAGACCUGCACAGGAUCAGUAAGAAGGACUGGUCUGAACCUGACCUAUCACAAGAAUGCUGCCAGAUGAUCUGUGAUUGUCUGCAGCCUGAUCCGCAGCGGAGACUUGUCCUGGAGAAGAUGCAGCUCCAUGACUGGUUUAUGAUCAUGGAGUAA